AUGAAGAAAUGGGUUGGAACACACACGUGUGGUAGGGUAUUGAAUAAUAGUUCUGCCACUUCUAAGUGGGUUGCAAAAACGGUGGCGGCUAAGAUGGCAUCUUUAGAUGGUGUUAAGAUUCGUGAUAUUGUCUCUGGGAUUAAGAGUAACUUCUCUAUUGGUGUAACUAUGGGCAUGGAAUGGAAGGCCAAACAAAUUGCCAAAGCUCUUAUUGAAGAUGGGCUUAAGAAAGGCUUCACAACAUCUUAUAUGUCAUUCAUUGGAGUUGAUGGAUGUCAUCUUAAGACUAAGUAUGGAUGGACUCUUCUUAUUGCAGUUGGUAGAGAUCUAAAUUACCAAUAUUAUCCCAUAGCUUUUGGUGUAUGUGAAACUGAAACAAAGGAAUCAUGGAGGUGGUUUCUUACCUUGCUUUUGGAGAACAUUGGUCAAGAAAAGAGGUGGAUUUUCAUCUCUGACCAACAAAAGGUUUUGAUCCAUGUCUUUGAAGAAUUGUUUGAGAGGGUAGAACACAAACUUUGUUUUAGGCAUUUAUAUGCCAAUUUCAAAAAGAGUUUUGGUGGAGGGACACAAAUUAGAGACUUAAUGAUGGAUGCUGAAAAAGCCACAUAUAUCCAAGUCUGGGAUGCUAAGAUGAAAGAAUUGAAGGAGCUCAAUGUCUUUUGGGAACUAGUGGGCAUUCCUUGUAAACAGCCAGUCGUUGCAUUAGGUUUUAGGAACCAAUCUCCUGGAGAUUGUGUUGAUGGCUAUUAUUCCAAAGAUACUUAUGAGAAAUGUUAUGGUUAUAAUGUAAGUCCUAUAAAGGGACAAGACAUGUGGUCGGAGGUUGACAUGGAAGACAUGUUGCCUCCAUCAUAUAAAAGAGGACUUGGACAACGAAAGAAGCUGAGGAGAAGGGAACCUGAUGAGGACCCUAAUAAGAGAAAACUAAAGAAAACAAUAAUAGGACAAGGACAAACUCAAACUGCAACACAAGAACAAACUCAACCCACCGAAGCUCAAACUGCAACACAAGAACAAACUCAACCUACUGAAGCUCAAACUGCAACACAAGAACAAACUCAACCUACUGAAGCUCAAACUGCAACACAGGAAGAACCACAACCUAAUGAAACUCAAAUUGAUGUUGACCCUGAGUUUGAAAUGCUUGCUACAAAUCUUAAAAAGAAGACAUACAAACCAAAAGUUGCAAGAAAAUUGGAGUUGAGGAUAAGUGGCAGGACAAGGGUCCUAAGAUGCAAAAACCUAAAAAGAGAAGGAAGUAAUCAAUCACAACCUAUGGAUGUGGACAAGGCUCCAUAA